AUGACCACUGUCACGACAACAGUCCAGGAAAGCUUCAGCACCUAUGUCGACGAAAAGCGCCAACAGGCAGUUGGUUCGCCACAGCUGGAACGCAUAGCCGCCGAUGACCCAGCAACGACUCACACCAGAGUCGUCGAACUCGUCCGUCGCGAUGGCGGCGUCGUAAUAACAGGUCUGAUAGACCCGGAGCAUACCAGCAGAAUCCGCAAAGAGCUACAACCCGCCUUCGAUGCGGACGUCCCGGACAAGUCGGGCUUCUUUCCAACGACGACCCGCCGUGCGACUGGUCUCCUCGGCAUAUCUGACGGCUGUGUCGAUCUGGCAACCAACAAGCUGUGGAUUGAUACCGCAAAUGAGAUCUUGACCAGUGAGUGUCGGCCGUGGUAUGGCGAGAAGCGAGCACAUUUCGUUUCCAAGCCCAUCUUGGCGGGCACUUUUGGUUUUCAGAUCGGCCCGGGCUCGAGGCAGCAGGAUCUGCAUCGUGAUGACAGUGAUUACCACCUUCCCAGAGGGCUCGAUUCUUGCAUGCUUGGUAUGCUGGUCGCCCUGACCAAAACCACAGAGCAGAAUGGUGCAACUUUGGUGGUUCCGCGAUCUCACCUAUGGGGCGAGGAACGUGCACCUAAAAACGAGGAGGCUAUUGCAGUCGAGUUAGAACCUGGCGACGGGCUCAUUUUCGGGGGCAAUGUCUUUCAUGCCGGAGGCUCAAAUAAGACCAAGGACGAGAUCCGCGAGGUUGUAGGUCUUUUCAUGUGCAAGGGAUUCAUGCGACCAGAGGAGAACCACUGGCUGGCUGUGCCUCCGGAGAAGGCGAAGAGGUUAUCUCCACAAGUUCAGCGUCUGCUCGGGUAUGGCAUCAGUCCUCCUGCGGUAGGCUUUUACAGGUACAAAGACCCGAUGCAGGUGCUGUUCAACGUAGAGGAUGAGGAGACUGUGCAGCUGUAG